AUGCAGGAGUUAUUGGGGCCUAAUGUGGCCAGGAAAUCUCAUAAAAGCAAUGGCUUCACAGCCGUCUGGGGCUUCCUCUUAGGAAUACUAUUUGCAAGCGUGUCAUCUUGUCCAACUGGCUGCCACUGCACAGAAAAGAGUGGCAUGACGGUGGUCCAAUGCAUGUCUCGAAAGUUGAACAAGAUUCCGUCUGAUCUCCCCAGAGAUACGGUUGCUCUAAUAUUGGCAUCCAAUCAUAUUACCAAGAUCCCAAAUCUUGCCUUCAAGGAGCUUAACUACCUUCAGGAGUUGGACCUGUCCAACAAUGACAUAGAGACUGUGGACGUCGCGGCGUUCCAUGGCCUCUCUGACAGCCUGCUGGUUCUUGAUCUCUCAAAUAAUCGUAUCCAAAGUGUCCCCAAGGAGGCUUUCGCCCACCUCAGAGCUAAAAUCAACCUCUCGAACAACCCGUGGCACUGCGAGUGUGUACUGCAGGAGGUUCUACGGGAGCUGAGGCUGGACCCGGAGUCGGUGAAAGACGUGGUGUGCCACACCGCCAUACAGGAGGAAUACACGGGCAGGUCCGUAAUCCAAGUUCUGGACUCAGGGAUCAACUUCUGCAACUUUCACCACAAGACUACUGAUGUAGCCAUGUUCGUCACCAUGUUUGGGUGGUUCACCAUGGUGAUUGGAUAUGUCAUCUACUAUGUGAGACACAACCAGGAGGAUGCCAGGAGGCACUUGGAGUACCUCAAGUCUUUGCCGAGUAGCUCUCAGAUCACGAAAGAUUUUGACACCAUCAGCACUGUUCUCUAGCAGGGCACUUUGUCUUUGUCUCAAAAUAUGUGAGUUAUAUUGUUGUUACAAAAGUGACAAAAAAAAUUUUUUAGGUCUUGAUUAAAAGGUCAAUUCUUUUGGUUUGGUUUACAAAUUUGGCCCUUUCCUAUGACAA